AUGGGGUCCGAAGCCGGCGGCGGCGCCGCCGCGAUUGACCUGCUCCGCUCGGCGGCGCCCUUCCUGCCGGACGCCGACCUUCUCCUGACGCCCGGCACGGGGCUCGUCCUCGUCGACCUCGUUAACGGCUUCUGCACCGUCGGCGCCGGGAACCUCGCCCCUGUCACCCCAAAUAAGCAGAUCGAGAAGAUGGUGGAGGAGUCUACCAGGCUUGCCAAGGUGUUCUGCCAGAGGAACUGGCCGGUCUUUGCGUUCCUUGAUACCCACCAUCCCGAUAGGCCCGAGCCGCCUUUCCCGCCGCACUGCAUCAUCGGCUCCGGUGAAGAAAACUUUGUUCCAGCUCUGGAGUGGCUGGAGAAUGAUCCAAAUGUGACAAUGAGGCGCAAGGACUGCAUUGAUGGUUAUCUUGCUUCAUUUGAGAAGGACGGGUCCAAUGUUUUCAGCGAGUGGGUCGCAAAGUUCCAGAUCAAAACCGUUUUGGUUGUAGGAAUAUGCACUGACUUCUGUGUUUUGGACUUUGUGAGUUCUACUCUGGCUGCAAGAAACAUUGGCCGAGUGCCCCCGUUGGAAGAUGUUGUGAUCUAUUCCGAGGGAUGUGCGACAUUUGACCUCCCUGUCGAAGUAGCCAGGAGUAUCAAGGGAGCUUUGGCCCAUCCACAGGAUCUUAUGCAUCACAUGGGACUUUACAUGGCCAAAUCAAGGGGUGCGAAGAUAGUUGACGGAAUUCUCGAAGAAUAA